AAGAAAAACAGUUAAUUACAGUCUGGCCACGUGAAUAAGUUGUUGGAAACACUAGAGGAAGAAAAGUGACGAAAAAUUGGCGAAAAAAUGAUUAUAAUCUUCUACACGGUCAUUUUUGCUGCAUUUCUAAAUGCGUGCAAUGGAGCUGGCGGUGGUUGCUUUCCAGGCGGUGGCUGCUUUGGUGGUGGCGCAGAUGAAAAUUUCGAUAUUGAUGAGUUCGAAUAUCAAGGUGAUCCCAUUAAAUUUGCGUGUAUAUCAAAUCCUUCUCAAAAUCAGUUUGAUAUAACUGAUGUAAAUGGACACAUACCACCAGGUUUGAUUAGUAGCCUGCAUAACGGAAAAGGUUUAUCCUUGUUUUUCUAUGGGGUCGCAAAUGAGGUCGAUUCUACAUUUGAUUCGCUUCUUCAAUAUAUUAAAGAAUGGUCCGCAAAAUCCCAAAACAAUAUAUGUGUUGUAUUUUAUUCCUACGCAAUGAAUUCAUCGGAAGUUUUAAAAAUGUAUCCCAUUGUAAAUAAAAUGGUGAAAACCCGACGGCUUGAAUAUGUGGCAAAGAUGGCACGCGACUUGGUGUUUGGCGUAAGAGCAAAAUGUUUGGCAACAACGGAAAGAACUUGUCUCAGAAAUUUAUCACAAGUCGAUGUGACCGGUUUUAGUUUUGGUGCACAUAUCGCUGGAAGAACUUGUCAAUAUUUGCUUAGAAAAACGGGCGAGAGAGUUCGAUUACUAUUAGCUUUAGAUCCAAUAAAAACUCCACGAUUUGGACCGAAAAUAAAGAAUAGCAUCAAUAAAGGUGAUGCCAAUUAUGUUCAAGUGAUUCACACUUCCAAAAAGGUGGGGAUGUGGGAUCAAAUGGGAGAUGUUGAUAUCUACGUAAAAAAUGCCAAACAGGACAAUUUGGGCUUCUUAAAUGAUGAGCAUGGAAUCGCAUUUUUCAUACAUCUUGGAACAUCUACUAAGCGACUUUUUAUAUGGGUCAGAGAAAAUGGAAAUGGCAGCGUGUGGACACGCAAUGGAAAGGAAUUGGAUGAUGAAUGUACAAUCGGUGUAUAUAGUACAUUAAAAUCUCAACAUCGUGGUAAGAAAUUAAAUCUUUAUUUAAAAAAUGCGAACUUGGAGAAUUUCUGGCGAGGAAUUGGCUCAUUUAAUAUGGCGGAACUAUUUUUGGGUGCUCAUGAUGUUGAAUUAGAAGAAAGGAUAUCCAUCGAAACUGAUUGCUCUAUUUGCUCCGAAAAUAAGAAAAAUGUCCUUUUAUUGCCGAGCAAUCAUAACGAAAUAUGUAUGACCUGUUGGAACAAUUGGAAAAAUACCCCAUCAUCUGGGAGUAGAUGUCCCUAUUGCAGACAAAAAGUAACAUCAGCUGUUGAGGUCAACAAGUAAUUCAUAUUUUAGACUGAUGAUGACAUCAAAUGGAAAAUUUAAAAUCAUAUUAAACAUUUUCCAUUUAUAUUUAUUGGCCGUUUAUUCUGCGGAUUAAUAAGAUAUAAAAAAUAAAAAGUUACUCUUCAAAAUAAAACCAAAUUAUUUGACAAUAACAA